UGCUGUGAGGGGGAGUGUGUCUGAUUCUGAAGGGAGUGAGGAGGGAGGUAGAGAAAGUAAGGGAGGCUGCAGUGGUGUUUCUUGGUUACUGGGCUUGGCUAGAGCGAACAGGAAACCUAACAAAGAGGUCUGCUUGAGAAAAUCCACAAACCUGCCUGGUGUGGCGAUCAAGACCAUGGUCUGAGGCAUCUGUGUCUUCAUUUGAAUGCCUCUCACGAUGGCUAAGCGGGAAAGUGGCAGCACCAGUCCGGUGGUGCGUCAGAUAGACAAGCAGUUCUUGGUGUGCAGCAUCUGUCUGGAGCAUUACCACAACCCCAAAGUCCUGCCCUGCCUGCACACUUUCUGCGAGAGAUGCCUUCAGAAUUACAUCCCCCCUCAGUCCCUGACCCUCUCCUGCCCGGUGUGCAGACAGACCUCCAUCCUACCUGAAAAGGGUGUAGCAGCUCUGCAGAACAAUUUCUUCAUCACUAAUCUGAUGGAGGUGUUGCAGAGGGAGCAUGAUUGCACCCGUCCAGAGGCCUCCAGUGGGCUGGAAUCGGCUAGUGCUGCGACAUAUGCCCCGCCCCUCUCCUGUCCCAACCAUGAGGGCAAGGUCAUGGAGUUUUACUGCGAGUCUUGUGAAACGGCCAUGUGUUUGGAGUGCACGGAGGGAGAGCACAGAGAACAUGUGACUGUUCCACUAAGGGAUGUUCUGGAGCAACACAAAGCGGCACUGAAGAACCAGCUGGAUGCGAUUUGCAACAGAGUUCCCCAGCUGACUGCAGCUAUAGAGCUGGUAAAUGAGAUCUCCAGGCAGCUAACUGACAGGAAGAAUGAGUCAGUGACGGAGAUCAGCAAUACAUUUGAGGAGCUGGAGAAAGCACUGCACCAGCGCAAGACUGCUCUCAUCACCGAUCUGGAGAAUAUCUGCAGCGGCAAGCAAAAGGUUCUACAGGCCCAAUUGGCAGCAUUACUGCAAGGGAAGGAGAAUAUUCAGAGCAACUGUAGCUUCACAGAGCAGGCCCUGAACCAUGGCAGCCCCACUGAAGUGCUCCUGGUACAGAAGCAGAUGGGAGAGCGGAUGGGGGUUCUAGCCCGCCACGCCUUCCCUGAACAGCCUCACGAGAAUGGCCACCUGGACUGCCAGGUGGAGACGGAGGGUCUGCGGCGCUCUAUCCAGAACCUUGGGGUCCUGCUCACCACCAGCGCCGUGGGUCACACUAGUGUGGCUACUGGAGAGGGACUCAGACAUGCUGUUGUUGGGCAACAUGCCACUGUUACUGUGACCACAAAGGACAAAGACAGUGAGCUAGUUAAAACUGGAAAUGCUGCACUGAGGGCUCAGAUCACCGGUCCAGACGGAACUGUCACCGUAACUGAGAUAACAGACAAUAAGAAUGGCACGUAUGAGAUCGGCUACACGCUCCGCUCUGAGGGCGAGUUUUCUUUCUCUGUCCUGCUCUAUGGGCAACCUGUGAGGGGCAGCCCUUUCCGCCUGCGAGCCGUUAAACCCUGCGACGCCCCGCAGUCGCCCGAUGAUGUAAAGAGGCGUGUUAAGUCUCCCGGAGGAGGUGGAGGGGGUGGAGGACAUGUGCGGCAAAAGGCGGUACGCAGACCCUCAAGUAUGUACAGCACCACUAAGAAGAAGGAGAACACAAUAGAGGAUGAGCUCAUCUGCAGAGUGGGAACGAGAGGGCGUGAGCGGGGGGAAUUCUCCAAUCUGCAGGGCAUCUCUACCACCACCAAUGGACGAAUCGUGGUAGCUGACAGCAACAACCAGUGCAUACAGGUUUUCUCCAACGAUGGUCAAUUCAAGCUGAAGUUUGGGGUCAGGGGUCGUUCCCCUGGUCAGCUGCAGCGACCCACUGGUGUUGCAGUGGACAUGAAUGGUGACAUUAUUGUGGCUGACUAUGACAACAGAUGGCUCAGCAUUUUCUCCCCUGAUGGGAAGUUUAAGAAUAAAAUCGGGGCAGGCCGGCUGAUGGGUCCUAAAGGAGUAGCCGUGGACAAAAAUGGUCAUAUAAUUACAGCGGAUAACAAGGCCUGCUGCGUCUUCAUCUUCCAAUCCAACGGCAAAUUGGUGACUAAAUUUGGUGCGAAAGGAACCUCAGAGUUUGCAGAAAAAGGUACUCCAAAUACACCAACAGAGCCGAAGCAAAGUAAAUCUGCCCCUGCCUUCAGUCCCCAUUUUGUGGCUAUAAACAACAAGAAUGAAAUUGUUGUGACAGACUUCCACAAUCAUUCCGUUAAGGUUUACAAUGCUGAUGGGGAGUUCAUGUUUAAAUUUGGUUCGCAUGGAGAAGGGAAUGGGCAGUUCAAUGCCCCCACGGGAGUGGCUGUUGAUGGCAAUGGGAAUAUUAUUGUUGCAGACUGGGGUAACAGUAGGAUACAGGUGUUUGACAGUUCUGGCUCCUUUCUGUCAUACAUAAACACAACGGCAGAUCCUCUGUACGGUCCACAGGGUCUCGCUCUCACUUCUGAUGGCCAUGUGGCUGUGGCAGACUCUGGAAACCACUGUUUCAAAAUGUAUCGAUACCUGCAGUAA